AUGUCAUGGUCACGUUCUAAAAGAACGCAAGUUCUGAAGUACACAAGGCUUUGUUCCCUCAGUCUCCCUUAUUCUCACCAAGACUAUCAGACAGAGAAAAUGGAGAAUACUUUGAUUCACAACCUAUCUAUUGCAAAUGAAAAUUUACGAAAUCAAAUAUGGAAUCUCAGAGAAACAGCUGGAGAGCUCGAUGCAGAAAACCAAAAACUAAUGAAAGAAAAUCAAGAUAUAAGAGACUCAAACAGAAGAUUACAAACCAAUGUGGAUUGCUUCAAGACACUGGUGGAAGACCUACAAAGAGAAGUGGAAAAUGCAAGGGAGAUGUUGGAAGAAAAAGAAAACCAAAUAAAAAAAUUGGAAUUUCAAAUUAACAACUGGGAGAAAGCAAAUGAACAACUUAAAACAGAAAUCAUAGAAUUGACCUGCCAGGUUUCUGCAUAUCAACAUGAUAAAAAGUAUCAAGAAAAAGACAUGUUAGGGGAGCAAAAUAUAAUGUAUGAAAAUGAGAAAUACCUGAAACGUCUAGAGGACAAGCUGGAAAGUGAAGAACAACUGUAUGAACAGGAAAACCUCCGAGCCUGCCAGCUGAGGGAUAUGUUAGAGGAACCUGAUAAAAUCAGGGAGGUUCAGAGAAAUGAUAUCUUGCAACUGAAAGGACAGCUGGAAAUGUCAACCCAGGAAACAGCAUUACUGAGAAUGGUGAAAGAGGACAGGUCCCAAGCUGUUUUAUUACUGGAGGACACUGCUGAAGUCAAGUUCCCGGAUAAUAAACUCCCUUGGUCUAAGAAACAUAAGUUCCUCACUUGCACUUGGAAUUUCUCAAAGCUUUUGCUUAUAUUAGUAUCUUGCUUGGGACUUUCAGUAGCUUUGGUAUUUUUGUAUGCCUGUUGUUUCAACAAUGAUUUCAUAGUUGACAUCCUUCCACUACUGUCUAGUGAACAUGACCUUGAUCUGCUGAUACAGAUCUUGUCUCCAUACCUUACCUGGAAAAAUAAAGGACUGCUACCAUUUUGA